GCCGCCACCGCCGCGACAGACGGACACUGCGGUAAUGGGAAGCACCGCAAUCACGCAGGCUACCGUGUGGGAGGGCGAGAUGCCCCUCUACCGGCUGCCGUCGGUCCCUGAAACGAAGUGCUUCUACUGGGGUAGCAGCCGCAGGAUGCUUGACGUUCGCUUCAACGCAGGCAUGCUGUUCUUGCUACACCGUCGCCUCGUACAGAUCAUACUGGAACGGCCGCAGAGGAGCGCUGACGUUGAUCUGGCCUUACUGGCUGUUCAGGAAUUUUCCGAAGUACUAAAGCCGCUUUACCGCCAAAGCGGCCUUCAGCAUGAAGACGUGAUGAUCGGUUUGACUCUCCGGAGGCGGUAUAAACGUGCGAGGAGGCUGUGCGCUGAUCGGACGAUUUGGUACGUGAAAGAGAGCUACGCUCGUUUCCAUGACAUGCACCACGGGAGACUGCGUGCUGUGACGUGGUCGACGGUCGUGGCGCACCGCUGCCGACCAGUCGACGCGUACUUUUUGCACUACUACUUCCAACAGGAGCAUAUCGCCUCCACGCUGGAAACUCCUUACGGUGGAGGCGAUCAGAAGGGGAUGGCGAUUGAGGCAGCGGCGGAGUGGAUGCCAAAGCAGAGUAGCGCGUUCGCUGGCACAGUCGCGGGGUUGGACAAGCUGCCGCUAGUGGUGUGGACACAUAAUGUGUCUGCGGGACCGGGGUACGUCAUAGCCCAUGAUGACGGUGUCGCCGUGUACAGCUACAGUUACGAGUACUGGAAGGACAGCGCCACGCUUACCUUCAACGGCUACAGGUCGACGUCGUGA